UCCAGCGAUAAUGGGAAAGAUAAGUUUCUUUGAAGAAAAAAACUUUGGUGGUUGCUACUAUGACUGCAGCAGUGACUGCACAGACCUGCAGUCUCAUUUCCGCCGAUGCAACUCUAUCAAGGUGGAGAGCGGCUGCUUCAUGAUAUAUGAAGGUGCCAAUUACACGGGCCACCAGUACUUUGUGAGCCCAGGACAAUACCCAGAGUUUCAGAGGUGGAUGGCCACUAACGACUGUAUAUGUUCCUGUCGUGUGAUUCCUCAGUUGAACGACUCCUUCAAACUCUCCAUCUAUGAGAGACUUGAGUUUGGUGGUCAGAUGAUGGAUCUCACAGACAGUUGCCCGAAUGUCUUGGACAGCUUCCGCACCAAUGACAUUUUCUCCUGCAAGGUGAAGGAAGGCAACUGGCUUUUUUACGACCAGCCCAACUACAAGGGCAGGAUUUAUCUGUUGAUGCCUAGAGAAUACUCAAGAUUCAGUGAAUGGGGAGGAGUUACUGCUCGAGUGGGCUCCAUCAAGCGCAUUGUGGAAUACUGAAAAUAAUAACAAUUUGGAUAAAAAUAACCAUCAUACUAAUUUUUUUACAAUUCUGUUGGAAGUUUAUGGACAUAUUUUACACAUGGACUACAACUCGUACCUCAGGAAAACAGAGAAAUAUUCUUUAAAGGCAAUGGGUAACAAUAACAAUAUUUGAUAGCUGCCUGUCAUUUCUACAAAACAAAUGGAUGAGGGAAGAAUUUUUAUUAAUGGCGAAGCACUUUCUUUUUUUUCUAGCUUCUUAGCUAUUUCCAUGUUCAUUUUUUGUACUGGGGUUGUUAUGUUGACCACCUUUGGUUCAUCCUGGAUGCACAGGAUCUGCUCAUAUAGUAUUACAUGUUUGUGUAUUUACAUUUUUACCAGUUAAUUAACUGUUAACUGUUAACAGAUUACUAUUUGUCUGACACAGGACUCUGAAAAUAUACUUUGUGUUGUCAUAUUGGGGCAUAGUUUUGUUAUCAAUUUCCAAAACAUCAUUUAGAAUAGUAGAAAACGUUUGUGUAAAUUGUAAUGUUACUGCAGGAUACCACAGUCCAGAGUGGCUCAAAAGUUUAAAAGAGUCCCAACUUUGAAAUAGUUUGGUGACUUGGCUUGAUUAAGUUUAGGCUUUAACAUAUCAACAUGUUACACAAUGUAAAAAGGAAAUUAAAGAAUGGAAUCAAUUUAAUUUUACAACCUAAUAAAUAGCAUCAGGUAAUUUAUGACAAUAUGAAGUUUGACUGGUUUUAAAGCAAAUAAAGUGUUGAUAAAACCA